ACGUUAACAGCACCCGACAAGGGAAAGUAAAGACAAACAAACACUGUUCUAGUGUGUUUUUGUCAUGCAGAGGAGCUGACGGGCACAAGGGGAAAAGCAAAGUGACAGGUUGGCAGACUGCGAAAGCCCUCGCACUCACACUGGGUCACCAUGCCAGACGAGUCCCGAGGUAUCCAGGACGGGGGGAGGCCUGGAGCAGAAGCUUCGCAGCUGUCCUUGGUGCCAAAUAUUGUUGUCGUCUCCAACGACGGGGAGGGCAAAGUCAACGGGCGCAACAUCAUUGAGCUGGAGGACUUCACAGACAACUUAAAGCGCUCUACUGAAAGCAGAAAUGGUAGCACAGGCAGCCUCGUCAUCGGAGGCGAGUCAGGACUUUCCGUAGAGGUGGGAGUGGCCAAGACUACACAGGCCCCCGAACCAAACAAAGCCAACUCUUUGGUGAAGGGAGCAGGUGCAGAUCGUGAUAAGCUACAAAGUGACAGCAGGGCUUCGAUGCAAAAGAACAGCUGCAGUGAUUCGGACUACGGCAGCUCAAAAUCCCUUCCCGGUUACGGCGGCGCGAGUUUAAGCGCUGAUUCCUGUGACGAAGAGCUGUCUGAGCUCGAUGGAAACGUAUUCGAAAAGGCUAGCCGGAUCUCUCCCAUCAAUCUGUCUGAAUCCAGCUUGAACACCUCUCAGCUUGAGCAAACCCCUAAAAACAGUCAUGACAACUAUGGCAUUGAUUCUAAAACUGACGUGACUACUAAAGCAAAAACAAAAAAAUCACUGAGUGGAAGCUCGCCAGAAUUACCCAGUGUUUCCCCCAGGGCCAGCCAAUCCGGGGACAGCAUCGACAUCAGGUGGGCCAACGAAGACGACGACCGACGAAGCAACCUGUCCAGGCAGACUGUGAUAGAGGGCGUGUGCUGCUGCUAUCAGGCCACCCACAGGGCUUGUCUGCAGUGCGUGGAGGAGACUCCGUUAAUGGUGUCUGGACUGGUGCUGACAUUGGUCUUCAGUUUGGUCAUUAUCAUCGUCCUCGCCGCCACAAGGACAAUAAGCGAACAUGUGGGCGCUCUGUCCAUUGUUAGCAUUGUUCUUUGCCUGAGCACGAUGCUGCUCGUCUGCCUGCCCUGGCUGGCCACGGUGAGGCGCUGUCGAGGAGCGCUGGCCCUCUUCGUCUGGGGGAUACUAUACAUCACUGCGAUGGUCUUCGUCUUCACGGGCGGACAAGUGACAGCGUGGGAACAGGUCGCGUUCUUCCUCUUCCUCUCUCUCAGCGUGUACACGGUGCUGCCUCUCUCGCUGACCUGGGCCCUCAUGGUCGGGAUAGGGACCAGUGUUUCGCACGUCAUCAUCAUCAGCGUCUACGUUCCUGUCACCAGACCAGAGACACCAGAUCUGGCUGUGCAGACCCGGCUUUUAAGCAUAGUGAGGAUGGGGACUGGCAGCGGCUCCCGGGCCUGGCACAUCCCCAAAGAAGGCAUGCCCUAG